AGGCCAGUGAAGAUGACCCUGCUGGCGGGUGACGGCUCCGGCUCCGACUAUGACUACAGCGCCCUGAGCUGCGCCUCCGACGCCUCCCUGGACCCUCCCCCGCAGCAGGAGCAGGAGGCCCGCAAGGGAGCCUUCUACAAGAGGGCGCAGCCGGCCCCCCAGCCGGGCCCGGCGUCACUGUCCGACGCCCGCAAGCUCCACGCCAUCAUCAACGUGGGCGGCAUGCGCUACCAGCUGCCCUGGACCACCCUGGAGGACUUCCCGCUGUCCCGCCUGGGCCGGCUGCACCCGUGCAGCAGCUUCGACGAGAUCAUGCGCGUCUGCGACGACUACGACGUGGCGCACAACGAGUUCUUCUUCGACCGCAACCCCUGCGCCUUCCGCACCAUCCUGACCUACCUGCGGGCGGGCAAGCUGCGCUCGCUCAGGGAGAUGUGCGCCCUCUCUUUCCGGGAGGAGAUGCUCUACUGGGGGGUGCCGGAGGAGAGCCUGGAGUGGUGCUGCCGCCGCCGCCUGCUGCACCGCAUGGAGGAGUUCGAGGCCAUGGAGCGAGCGGCGGAGGAGGACGAGCUCCUGCGGGAUCUGUCCGAGUCGGACAGCGGGGGGCGUCCCGCCGAGUCCCGCUUGAGUCGCUUCAUGUCGAGGCUGAGGGACAUGGUGGAGAGGCCGCACUCUGGACUCCCCGGGCAGAUCUUCGCCUGCUUGUCCGUAUUGUUCGUCACCAUCACGGCGGUCAACCUGUCCAUCAGCACCAUGCCCGCCAUGAGGCAGGAGGAGGAGGAGGGCAGGUGUUCCAACAUGUGCUACAACAUCUUCAUCGUGGAGACGGUGUGCGUGGCCUGGUUCUCCCUGGAGUUCUCCCUGCGCUUCAUCCAGGACCGCUCCAAGCUGACCUUCCUGCGCCAGCCCCUCAACCUCAUCGACGUGCUGGCCAUCCUGCCCUACUACAUCACGCUGCUGGUGGACACCACCUCCGAGGGCCAGCGCCGCCCCGGCGCCGGCGGCAGCUACCUGGACAAGGUGGGCCUGGUGCUGCGUGUGCUGCGGGCGCUGCGCAUCCUCUACGUGAUGCGGCUGGCCCGCCACUCGCUGGGCCUGCAGACGCUGGGGCUGACGGCCCGCCGCUGCACGCGGGAGUUCGGCCUGCUGCUCCUCUUCCUGUGCGUGGCCAUCGCCCUCUACUCGCCGCUGGUCUACCUGAUCGAGAGCGAGAUGGGUGCGGCGCCGGAGUUCACCAGCAUCCCCGCCACCUACUGGUGGGCCGUCAUCACCAUGACGACGGUGGGCUACGGCGACAUGGUGCCGCGCAGCAUCCCGGGCCAGGUGGUGGCGCUGAGCAGCAUCCUGAGCGGCAUCCUCCUCAUGGCCUUCCCCGUCACCUCCAUCUUCCACACCUUCUCGCGCUCCUACGUGGAGCUCAAGCAGGAGCAGCAGAGGCUCCUGCAGAGGAGGACGCACUUCCUGCUCAGGGGCCACCUGGGGAACAACCUCUCCCUGGAGAGCGACAUGCUCUUCCCCAUGGCCACGCCCGACGCCCGGGACGCCUGAGGACCAGGUAAGGACCAGAACUUUCCCACAGACGCAGCCUUUCCGUGUAGCAUCCCAGCGAGAAGAAGGUCGUCUAACCAUGAGUACCAAACUGAUGACACGUACCUCGUAAAUGCUCCAAUUCUAGCUCAUCUCCACCAUCAAAUAGAGAAAAACAUAUAUUUCUUUAUUGAAUCAUGAUUAGGAGUGCAUGAGAAAGCAAUCUUAAAGGCCUACUGAAAGCCACUACUAGCGACCACGCAGUCUGAUAGUUUAUAUAUCAAUGAUGAAAUAUUAACAUUGCAACACAUGCCAAUACGGCCUUUUUAGUUUACUAAAUUGCAAUUUUAAAUUUCUCGCAAAGUAUCCUGUUGAAAACGUCGGGACGUCUCGGAUUGUAGCGGACAUUUUUUUCCAGCCCGAUCCCAGCUAUAAGUCGUCGCAUAAUUACACAGUAUUCUGGACAUCCGUGUUGCUGAAUCCUUUGCAAUUUGUUCAAUUAAUAAUGGAGACGUCAAAGAAGAACGAUGUAGGUGGGAAGCGGUGUAUUGCAACCGCCUUUAGCAACACAAACACAGCCGGUGUUUCCUUGUUUACAUUCACGAAGGUGAAGCUUUACUAUGGUAAAUGGGUAGUACUUGUAUAGCGCUUUUCUACCAAAGCCCAAAGCGCUUUGACAGUAUUUCCACAUUCACACACACAUUCACACACUGACGGCGGGAGCUGCCAUGCAAGGCGCUCACCAGGAGCAAUGGUGAAGUGUCUUGCCCAAGGACACAUCGGAUGUGACUAGGAUGGUAGAAGGUGGGGAUUGAACCGGUAACCCUCAGAUUGCUGGCACAGCCACUCUACCAACUUCGCCACGCCGUUCCCUACGGCUAUGGAAAAGAGCGAUCCAGCGAACAUGGUUCCCGACCACAUGUCAACCGGCAGGUUUCGGUGAGAAAAUUGUGGUAAUAAGUCGGCUCUUACCGUAGACAUGAGCAGAGUUUGCGUCGUUGCUCGUGCACCUGUCAAAGAGGCAGCUGCGUGGCUUCCCUCAGAGACACCGGCGGUCACCACAACCCACCGACUUUCAGGUACUACAGUAUAAUCUCACUACAACCCUAGUAACACAAUAAGCAGAUAAGGGAUUUUCCAGAAUUAUCCUAGUAAAUGUGUCUAAUAACAUCUGAA